CAACUUCAAUAAUUUACAUAUCAUUGUCAUAACUGCACUAGUGCAAAACACACGUAGCAAUGGCUUUUAAAUUCAUCGCCCUGGCUUGCCUCGUGGCGGCCGCUAGCGCCGGCCUGGUGCCCGCAGCAGUCUCGUAUGCGGCGCCUGCCUACCACACCGCGCCCGUGGCCUAUGCCGCCGCUCCCGUCGCCAAGCUCGCCGUAGAGGAAUACGACGCACACCCGCAGUACAGCUUCGCUUACGAAGUGCAAGACGGUCUCACCGGAGACUCAAAGUCCCAGCAUGAGACUCGCGAUGGCGACGUCGUCCACGGAUCCUACUCUGUCGUCGACCCUGACGGCACCAAGCGCACCGUCGACUACACCGCCGACCCGCACAAUGGUUUCAACGCCGUCGUCAACAAGGAACCUGUCGCCGUCAAGGUCGCCAAGGUCGCCGCGCCCGUCGCUUACCACGCUGCCCCCGUCGCCUACCACGCCUCCCCCGUCGCCUACCACGCCUCCCCUGUUGCCUACCACGCCGCACCCGUGGUACACGCCGCACCUCUAGCGUACUCUGCCCCCAUUUACCACCAUUAAAUGAGCCAUUGCCAAAGUAAUUUGUAAAUAGAAUCAAUAUUU